UUGACGCUUGAAAGGGAAGGGUCGCUCACGAAAGCGCCAUUUUACUGAUUUUUCCCCGGAUACAAUUGGCGGAAAAAGCUCCUGUACCUGACCCGCAUGAAGCAUGGGCUGAUUUCCCUUAUUGCCAACAUUUUUUGUUGGGAAAGAACAGAAAGUUCACUUCUUUCUCUAAAUUCUUACUUGUUUCUUCUAACGAUGAGUAAUAAUCAUACAACAGUAUCAACCUAUCAUAUUAUAAUAGCAGCAGACGACUCUCCUAUUUCGUUAAAAGCUAUCAACUACGCAAUUGAUUUUUGUGCUAAAUUAAGCGUACCGUAUCAAUUGAACAUACUUUAUGCUAUUGGACUUAAUCCACCAGGAUUGUCAACGUUUCCAUUCAUUGGCCGCUUGGAUAGAAUGAACAAUCUUGAUAUUGAAGAAGAUGCGAAAAAAGCGAUUAAUAAACUGGAAGAAUAUUUGGCGAAAUAUCAACAAACUGGGUCAGCAAAAGUCAUUGUCAGAAAAGAUGAAAAAGAUGCAAAGUAUAUUAUCGAGGAAUAUGUUAACAAUAAUCCUCCAGAUCUGUUGAUUAUGGGAUCAUCCAAUAAAGAAAGCAUACAAAAACUAGUGUUAGGUUCCGUUAGUGAUUAUUGUUUACACCAAUGCAAAUGCCCAGUUACCAUUAUCAAAUAAGGAAGACGGAGCUCUUAUAAUGUGCUGCUCGUUCAGAAAGAGCCAGGUUCCAUAUAGCCAUUCUAAGGCCUUGGAGAAAAGAAAAAGGAUCAUCGUGAGAUUGCUAUCUUAAUAAAUUAAGUAUAAACAAAAAUAUCAUAGUUUUAUUAUAUAAUGUGUAUGAGAUUGCCAGUAGAGGCCCUAGCACUGUUUGUUGAUAACUGUUAGUUAAAAAGUCCAAAUUUGACAGCAACUUUGUAAACAUCGGGCAAAAAAAGAUCUAUUGGCCUAUUUUGUGACACCAUAGAUCGUUGAGUGAGGUCAUUUCGUCUUGCUUCGUUGCAGCCUUAACAGCAAAUGUACAGGAUUAAAUGAUGGUUGGAACAACUUUGAUAAGGUGAUGUUCUCAUGGACAACCCACACAUCCAAAAAAAAAAAAAAAAAAAAAAA